UGCAGGGCUCCCAGCCUCUAUAAAACGGGGCGUGGGAACUGCCUGGGCAGCUGCCCACCAUGGCCUCCUGGGUCGUCCUGCUCCUUGCCUCGGCGCUCCUGGGCUCCCCAGGUCUGGCCUUUUCUGGUGUGACCCCUGAGUGCUCUGACCUGGCGAUGGCCCCCCAGGGAGGUGGAGAGCAGUUCUUCCCGUGUCUGGUCCAGAGGGGCCCCCAGGGUGACCUGCCGACCACAAGGGAGGGGAAGGGCAUCACCUGUCGGCUGUGCCAGUGGAUAAUCCAGAAGCUGAUGGACAUGGUGGGAGAGCAGCCUGACGAGGACACCAUCGCCCAGGCUGCGUCCCGCGUGUGCAGCAAGGUGAAAAGCUUCCUGAGAGGCGUCUGCAAGCGCACCAUGAGGAAGUCUCUUCAGCGCAUCUCCGCGGACAUCAUGGCUGGCAAAGGGGCCCGGGAAGUCUGUGUGGACAUCCGCAUAUGCAAGCCCCAGGCAGGUCUCCUGUGAGCCUCUGGCUCCACCCUGGGGAGAAAGCACAAGAACUCCGGCCCUGGCUCCUGGCCCCUCCUUCCUUCCUAAAUCUGGAGUCAGCCUCCAGUUUCUCUCACCUCCCUCCUCCUGCCUCCCACCAGAACCCCUC